UGACUAUAGAUGUCGAUAGAAAAACAUAUGGCUACGUUUUUCAUUGUGUGUUGUGACUAUCUUUCUAUUUAUUAGGUGAUCCUGAAAAUCUGGAAUUUGAAUUUAUAAUUGAAUAGUAGAAGAAGCUAAGAAAAGUAAAAUUUGUAUUUUUAAAAUUCAUUGAUUUUUUGAGAGAUAUUACGAUUAUCGAAAGCGAUUGGUUUAAUCGAUAAACUCGGUGUCAAAUUAUCAACCUUUACGCGCAGGUUUGCUAUCGUUUACGAUUCUUCUUGCAGCGAUAACUGGCGUCAAGAUGUCUGCAUCUGUGACAGCUAAACUUCAAGAUGACAUGAAUAGUAUACCUUUGGCAGAUGAUGAUCCUCAAGUAAUUAUUCCCGAAGAAGAGGUGUUGGAUAAUGCUUCUCAUUUAUCUGAUGCAUUAGGUAGAGGACGUAGUAUGGAUUCUAUUCCAUCCACUUUUACUAAUGGUAGCUGUAGCCCCAAUAGUUUAGAUCCUGAUAUUAGUCCAGAUGAACAAGAAGAAAAAGCACGGUUAAUAGCACAAGUUUUGGAACUUCAAAAUACAUUAGAUGAUCUGUCUCAGAGGGUGGACAGUGUCAAGGAAGAAAAUUUGAAAUUACGAAGUGAAAAUCAAGUACUGAGUCAAUAUAUAGAGAAUCUAAUGUCCGCUUCAAGUGUAUUCCAAUCGACUAGUCCAAAUACUAAAAAGAAAUGAAUUCCUGUAAUUGACAUGAAAAGAUUGUAAACAUACAGGGAUUUUACGAUUGUUGUGAUUUUUCAUUCCUUAUGAAAAGUAUGUAUACAUAUAUUUGCAGCUGCCUUAUUUGAAAACAAGAACCAUAUAGUAUAAUAAUAAAUUUUAAAGUCAAUAAUAUGUGACAUGUAUUAAAAAGACAUUAACUUUACCUGAAGCUAAUAUAUACUUUUCAUAAGGACAAAGGUUUGCUUGAAAAGCUAAUAUUUUCUUUUUUCAUUUUAAAUAUUUAUGCAUUAAGCACUAUUCCCCCUUUAACUUUCAAGGGAUAUAUUUUAACAUGUAUAAUACUCACUGUUUUUGUUGCUUUUAAGUGAUGGCAGAGACUUAUGGUUAGGAAUUAAUGCAUUUACAUUGAUCAUCGAUUACCAAAGAAUCUUAUUAAAUUUUUUUCUAUAAUUUAUAAGAUAAUCGAAUAAUGUAAGCCUUAUUUUUAUUAUUGUUAAUGAAUGUUAUCUUAAGAGGUUCUACCUGGUCACACCUUUUCAAUUAGAUUUUUUAAAUCUUAUCUGUUUGUAUUAAUAAUAACAAGAUUUUAUUAAGACAACGUCCUUUUAUACUUUAAGCUUUUGCUUAAGAGUUCUAAUAACAUAUGUAUGCAAUGUAUGUAGAUGUACAAAGAAGAUAAAAUCAAUUAUAUAAAAUAUUAUUAUAUAAUAUACAUAUACACAGAUGUGUGCUCAUGUGUACACAUUAUACACACAACAAGUAAUUACAUAUUGUACGUACAUACAUACACAUACUACGAUCGAAAUUAUCGCAUAAGUAAGAAAUCGAUGUUUAGAUUCUCUGCUACAAGUAGAGUAUGUAGAAUAUCUCAAUCGUAUUUUCAUGAAUAUCUUUGACCUGUUGCACCAUGUUUGCAGCGUAACAAUUAUGAAUGUUAAUAAUCGAGCGUACCGCGAAUUACAACUGCGACUUGCGAGAAAGUUUCAGUUCGAGGGCACAAGCAAAAUGCACAAUCUCAAACUAUUCCAUUGUUGAGUAACACAGUGUUAUAAUAAACAUUAUAUUCUAUUGGAUUACGCGAAGCGUAUCUUUUUUAUUCUUAUUCUUCUUCUUUUCUUUUUUUUUUUUCGAUUUCCUAAAAUUCCUUUGCGUAUCUAAUUCGAAGCGUAGAAGUUAAUUAAAAGAAAAAAACAAAAAAGAAAUAUCGUCUCAUGCGGUUAAUCUUGCUGAUCUUGUCUUAUUGCUAAAAAUUGUAUAGCUUUUUGUCCCCACACCGUUCUCGGACCAGAUUUUGUACGUCCGUUUUUCUUUAUACCGAUCCACCAACCAAAAUUUACGUAUUUGCGUGAUCGAAACGCAUCGUAAGAUCCAACAGACCAUUGUUCCCAUUCAGUAUUGUCCUUGUUCAUAUUGGACUGCAAACAGAAGUAUUGGAAAAUGGAAUGAUGAUGAAAAUAAUAUUCUAAUAAUGUUACUCUAGAACGAAAACGUGAUUAAAUUGUCAACGAAUUUCAUGUCUUAUUACGUUAGUUUAAAUUUAAUCUAAUUAAUUAUUAACAUAAUUAGUAAUUAGACUGUAAUUCAAUAAUUAGAUUAAUAUUAAUCAAUUCAUAUUCAUAUAGUAAUUUUUAGGAAGCUAUGAAAACAGAAAGAUUAUUCGAAUUAUUGAAUUGUAUCAUAUUUAAAAAUUAACAGAAGAGUUAAUACACGCUGGAUCGAUGUUUAAGAGUA